CAAAGGAAAUUUUGUGGAAUGAGAAAUUUAAGUUUGAAUUGCCAACUUCCAAGUUAGAAUUAUGGUACUACCUUAAACUAAAAAUUAUGGACGAGGAAUGUUUCACAGCCGGUGGAUUUGUUGGUGAAACCACAAUUUAUCUUAAAGGAAUAAUUACUGAGGGGAAUGAAAAGGGAUUCAUGGAAGUGACACCAGUUGCUCACAAUGUGGUGCUUGAAGAUGACACAUACAAAGGGCAGAUAAAAGUUGGACUCAGAUUCACUCCUAGCAAUAAAACAGUACAAACAGUGGAAAGAAGAAAUGCUUCAAAGGAAAAUGGAAAUAAUGGAGUUGGGCAAUUCAUCUAUAGCAAAAUAAUUAAUCUCUGGCAAAACACCUGGUGGAGAAGCUUCAUUCCUAAUUAUGGGGAUGCUGAUAGUAGUGUUGACAAAAAUAAGCCAAAUUAGAGUUAUUUCUUGUUUCUUUUUCUUACUCUUUUUUGGUACUUUUCUACCUAAGGAUGGUGUAAGGGAAUACCCUUUAGCCUUUACUAUUUGUUUUGAGUAGUAAAACGUGCUUUGGAUGGAUG